AUGGAGCAACCAACGGCGAGACAACCUUUCCUGGAGCGGACUAUCUACCAGACGGGGAGUCAGCCUUCCGACAUUGUCGUCAAAACCUACUUCCCAACUGCCUCCGUACCAGGCGGCGCAAUGAGCAACAUCCUCGACUGCAUCCCCAUCGGCGAACAAGUCGAUUUCCAGGGCCCCACAGGCCGGAUCGUCUAUCAAGGCCAAGGCAAUUUCGAGAUCGAGGGCAAGCAGAACACGUUCCGCAAGAUCUCGCUUGUGCUGGGUGGCAGUGGCAUCACUCCAGGCUAUGCGUUGAUAGCGCGAGUAGUGGCGACUGCGGACGAGGAUGUGGAGGUGCGGGUGGUGGAUUCUAAUAAGACGGAGAAGGAUGUUCUGCUUCGUGAGCAGCUUGAUCAUUUUGAGAGGACGAGUGGGGGAAGGGUGAGGAUUGCGCAUGUUCUCAGCCAUCCGAAAGAGUCGUGGGGAGGUUUUAGAGGCCAUGUGGAAGGGAGGAUUAUCAAGGAGAGCUUGUUCCCGCCUGAAAAUGACAGCGUCGCUUUCUUGUGUGGUCCUCCGGGGAUGAUUCAAAAGGCUGCUUUACCUGCGUUGAGAGAAUGGGGCUAUGUGGAAGAUGAGAAUCUAUUCGGCUUCUGA